AGGAAACAAAUUUGCUCUCGUUCAUUCUCUGCGAGCGGGUCGCCGUUUCUGCGUGUCAACGAUGUAAUCAUCUAUAUAAAACCCACUCUCUCUCUCUAAUUCGCUCACCUUUUCAAUCCUUGAAUCGCAGUCGCACCAGGUUAAAGUUCGAAGCUUUCGCGCGUUAAUCAUCGGUGGAAUUGACGUACGAGUGAGAGAGAAUAGAGCGAUUUGAGCAGAGACUGUUUGAUUUGCAGGAGCAGGUUGGAACAGUCUUCGGAGGAAGAUCUAAUGUAUUUGGUUGUGGACCACAACAAUCAAGCACGAGACCGCGAUGGACUUUGAUUACAGAGAAGAUGCUCAAAGGAAUUUCGUGGCCUCGUCUGGACGUUUUUCUAGCAAUGAAUUCCUUUACAACCUUCAGGACAAUGGCAACACACUCUCCAGUGUAUCCAAGCUUAAGGAUGGAAUUAGUGGUCUGUUCGAUGGGGAUGUUGCAAAGAAAGUUUUGUCAAUUAGCAGAAGUGAACAUCCCAAUGGACCUAAUUAUCCUCACUAUUUUGGCUGGCGGUAUCCCAACUCUCAUCAGAUGGUGCCGUACCAAAUGAAUUCUUUUGAGGGUCGCUUUUUCUCUUUCCAUGAGGGGAAUGGCUUUCAUGGUGGUCCACCAGAUAUGCUUGCUCAAGGUUACUUCCCUGAGUACCAGUUCCAAGGCUUUCGGUAUUUUGUGGUCAUAGAUUUCGAGGCAACCUGUGACAAGGAAAAGAAUCCCCAUCCUCAGGAGAUUAUUGAAUUCCCGUCUGUUAUAGUGAGUAGCAUGACUGGUAAAUUGGAAGCAUGCUUCCAAACCUAUGUUCGACCAACAUGCAAUCAGCAUCUGAGUGAUUUUUGCAAAGAUUUGACUGGUAUCCAGCAAUCUCAGGUAGAUCGAGGUGUUACCCUGAGUGAGGCUCUUCUUAGUCAUGACAAAUGGCUUGAAAAGAAGGGAAUAAAGAACACAAAUUUUGCUGUUGUUACCUGGUCCAACUGGGAUUGCCGUGUGAUGUUGGAGUCUGAGUGUCGGUACAAGAAAAUUCGAAAGCCUUCUUAUUUCAACAGAUGGAUUAACCUAAAAGUCCCAUUCCGUGAAGUUUUCGGAGGUCUAAGAUGUAAUCUUAGGGAAGCAGUUGAGGUGGCUGGCUUGACCUGGCACGGUCGUGCUCAUUGUGGUUUAGAUGAUGCAAAAAACACAGCUAGCUUGCUCAUUGUUCUUUUGCGCAGGGGAACCAGACUUUCCAUCACCAACUCGCUGACAUUGUAUGACAAUGACUGUACUCUGAUAUCGCAGCACUCGAUGCCUCCCCAUCAGCCACACACAAAGAAGAAUCUGCGGGAACCUCAAUCGCAGUAUAAUCCUUGUUGUUUCUGUGGAAUCAAGAGCGGUGUAGGCUUUGUUCAGAACCCAAGUACAAAGCGCAGGAGCUUCUUCUUUUGGUGUGGCAAUUGGGCUGCUGCGAGAGGUUGCGGAUGCUGUUAUUUUCAAUGGGUCGCUACUUGACUGGAUGUAACUUUCCUGAUUGACAUCUUCAGCUUUCUUAGGUGCUCCAUAUAACAUUAGGUAGGAACUGCAUUGGGAGCUUCCAUUUAAAUUAGUUGGAUGACUUUAUGAUAGUUUCUUUUUUCUUUUAAAACUUGAUUGAAAGAAAAUCUAAUUGAGUUCGUUGGCACACUGCAAUUGUAAGACUGCCAUCUGUAAAGCUG